AUGUCGUUGAAGGAGCCCGUGACAGCUGCCUACGCUAUUUGCAUCGCUGGCUUACUGGUUGGGAUCGCUUUCGUCAAUGCUCUUGCCCGGACGACCCGACUACGGCGACGACUGGCCCACUACGUUGAGAGGCAGUUGAGCUACCGCUUUCUCGUGCAUCGUCACUCUUUUCUCGGCCCGUGGAAUGCCAUUUCUUUGCUCGGCCCGACGGUAUACGUGGGUGUCAACGUCUUCUGUUUCCUCUUCCGUCAAUCAGCGACACUCUCACGCUCUGGCACGUUGACCCUCCUGAACCUAGCACCUCUGUUUCUUGGACCCUCUUUGGGGUUUGUUGCCGAUCUCCUAGGCAUUUCGCUCUCACACUUCAUGUUCUGGCACCGCUGGCAGGGCCGAGUCGCAUCUGGCAUGCUCGUAGUCCACAUUUUCACCGCGAUGGCUGACCAGCGACCCGUCGGCCUCAAUCAAACAAAAGACGUUCUCGGCUUCGUGGGAUCACUGUCCGCUGUCUCCGCCGCUUUCUGUUUCUUACCGUUUCUCCGUCAUCACCUUUAUGAACUCUGCCUACGAAUACACCAAGCACUCGCGUGUCUUGUAGCGGCAGGGGUGUGCUUGCAUCUGUCCAUGAUGACCCCUAGCCGAUCGUGGCUCUGGCUGUACAUUUACUUGAUAGUUGCGGCCAUUCUGCUGCUAGCCCAAACCUGCCUCACAGCUUAUCGCAACAAGAUGCUGGGCAGAACUUUCUCUAGGGCAAUUGUCAACCAUACGACCGGCACAGUCCUCGUCUCGGUCGAACUUUCCAGGCCAAUCAGCGUUGAGGCCGGACAAUACAUCACCUUGUGGAUCCCACGCAUUGGCCUUCUCGAGUCACAUCCUUUCGUCGUGACCUCGUGGGACGAGGCAGCUCAGAACACUCUUGAGCUCUUCAUCAAACCCCGUAGAGGCUUCACGUCUCGGCUGCUGCGGUAUUCCGACCACAGAGCGAUUCCUCAUCUCGCCUUUUUCAGCGGUCCACACGGCGUCAGCGUUCCGGUGUGGGAUUAUGAGGCCGUUUUCAUGAUGGCGACCGACCAUGGCAUCGCCGCCCUAGUGCCAUACCUCAGGAAAUUGGUCCAUGGCUAUAACAACUGCAAGGGUCGCACGCGUCAGAUCCACCUCGUAUGGCAGGUCUCCAGCCUGGGUAAGGACGACGCCCCGCUCCGAGACGGCAGACUAACUGGACCAGGCAUCGUGCAUGCGGCUCAAUCGUUCCUGAAUCCGAUACUUGACGACGACACCUUGGACCAGGGUUAUAUACUAGACAUAUCGAUUUACUACGACAUGCAGAAGAAGGGCAUGACGGUGGAGGACCUGGGUGCUGUCGCUCCUAUCUGUGCUGGGGACGAGUCUCUAUUGGAGAAGCCGCCAAUGUACACAGUGACCGCGUCGACGAUCGCGAAGCUCUUGACCAAGUACUAUGCACCCACCGACGGGCGAGCCGGAGACCAUCCCACAAGGGUGAAGAACUUUGGCGAUAGGGCACGUCUCUUUAUAGGCACUCCUGACGUCGCGGAGAGCUUGUGGAACGAAGCAUCUCGUCUGCUGAGUCAUUCGGGAGGCCAAGCAUCCACGGAACGGGGCGACAUGCUAUUGCUAGGUGAGUACCAUGGCUUCAACAGAAAUACCAACCUGAUCUCCGUCGCAGUUUCCGCCGGCGCCGAUGUCAGAGACCGGUUACACGACCUGGCAGCUGACUUUCCGUUCGAUCCCCCCAACCCCUCUUUCGUAGCUUCCGGCCAGCAAGAAGCGAUUCGUGAGUAUUUGGGGAAGAAGGUGUGGCUGAGGGAGCUGGACUUCCAACCAGAUGACUGA